AAAGAAAAAAAAAAUCAAAUGUAAACAUUGGAUAAAUCCAGUUUGAAACUGUCCAUAUUUUGAGAUUCUCUUUUCAAUUUUUUUCUACGGUAGAAAAACCAACUUGAAGAAUUCAAUCGAUUCUUUGCACUGAUGAUGUUCUGCAAUGACAAUAGCGCCGUAAAAGUAUCAAAAUAUUGGAAUGAUGAUGUGCGCAAGGUCUGAUAAUAUUUCGUUGCUCAUUUUGUCAUAACAUUUAAUCCUUGAAUUGCACAACAGAUAACCAUUUAGUCUCAUUUCAUUUUUUUUGCCACAAUAUCCUCAUUCAAUGGGGCAGUUAAUCGAUUAAAUUUUAUCAUUUAUUUUCAUUAUUACAUACACGAAUCGUUGUAAUUUCAACAUAUUUUAUUGUUGACUGAGCAAAUCAGUUGAGGCGUAACUUUUAUUUUCUGAUUUUGGUUUGAAGUGAAAAACAACGUAGAAGACGAUGUCGACGUCAAGUGUUGUGAGUGGAAUCAUCAGUCCAUUCCCUCGCAAAAAGAAAACAAUGAAAUUAUUUUAUCAUUUGUUGAGUGACAUGAGACAUCAGCGAGUGGCGGUUAUUGCACUGGCCGUCGGUCAAGCGGCAUUCGCGCAUUCUGCACUAUUUCUGGUGUGUUUGGGCUUAAUUCAUGCAAAACAAAUAUCGAGGCUAUUGCUUGUGGAUCGUCUGGAUCAAAAGGAACGUGAAGAGUAUUACGAAACUCCAAAGAUACACGGUGUGUCAGCUAAUGAUAUUCGAUUCAUUGAGGCUGACCGACUCGUCAACUAUACAUUGAUCGUUUUGUAUAGUGCAACAGCAAUAGCAGCCACUUAUGCUUUGUGUACACUUGGUCUGCUAAUUGGUCUUAUCAAAAGACGCUGCGAACUCAUUUUGCCUUGGAUAAUCUUUCAGUCCAUUGUUUGUGCUUUAUUUGCAAUGACACUGUUUGUUGCUUACGCGUACCCGAACCAAUUUAUCGCCCGUUACAUGGGAACCGCUUACUUGUGCCGAUGGUUAAUCUCCAUACUAACUCUGUUCAUAAACAUGCUUUGCUUACUACUGGUGUUGAGAUACUACAAAGGAUUGAAAAUGUUGAAACGGCUUACCGAGGAAGUUGUCAUACCUAUCCCUUAUCACGCCGUUCCAUUCCAUUUCCGUAAGGAAAACAUGUAUGUUGGAACCGGUGGAUACAAGCAUCUGCUAUGCGAUUUGAAUCCAAAUUAUGUCGUCUAAAUUUCGAAUUUCUUUUUACUCUAAACCCUAUAUUACUGGGUACUAUCAUUUUACUAUAUAUAUAGACUUAUCAUAAUUUAACCCUCAUGCCGAUCUGUGCACAAACAACAACAAAAAUCUAUAAAAUUAAUCCUGUUUUGUUUGCAUGAAAUUUAUACCAUAAAAUUCUAUUUGUAACGAAUUGAGUUGAUGACUAUUGGCAAGCUCAGAGUAUAUCAAAAUUGGUUGGCAAUGCAAUUUGAUUUGAACACAACCGACAGUACUGAUGGAAUCAUAUUUGGAACGUAACCCAAACAUUUUGAUCGCUUUUUGAAUUAUAUUAGGCAAAUUUUUUUUAGCAUUUUUGAACUUGGUUCAUUUCUAUUGAGAAUUUUAUACGCAAAAUUUAUUCAACUUAACGUUAAGUUAUUUCCAAAAUAUGAUUAUAACUUCUAUCUAUCGCCUUUAUCUAUUCGAACCGUUUGCGUGAACCUUUCGGUUAUGUCUGAAAAACAGGUUAAAACUGAAAAUGACAAGAAUGUUCUUAUGUGAAACAAAUUGAAAAUACGUAUGAUUCGCAAUAAAAGUUUGGAAAUGUUGAAAAUUA